AUGCCACCAAAGAAGAAAACGCCUAAUUUGCUCCAGAUCUGUACAAAACGAAGGUUCAUCAGAGGAAAAGUGGAAGAAACACGUGGAACAUUAAAAGAAGAAAAAGCGAAAGAAGAGGUCGACGUGGACGUUUUAGGUGUCCUCCGAGGAAAGUUCGAACAAUACAAAAAUUUAUUAGCCGAAUAUGACGAGAUCAUUCAACAAACAACGAAUGAUGAGGAUGAAUUGAGAGAUGAACUCACCGAAUCAUUACAAAUCGCCGACGAUCUACAAACUGCGCUCAUCGAAUUGGAAGUCAAAAUCGCAACUUUGAGUAACAUCGGAUCAAACGAAGUUGCUGACAGUCGAUCAGUAACCAGUAAUCAAAAAUCAAAUCAGCGAUUGAUGCCAAAACUACCAAAAUUGGAAGUCAAGAAAUUCGAUGGCGAUCGGAUUCGGUGGCAAGAAUUCUGGGAUCAAUUUGAUUCAUCUAUUCAUUCAAAUGAAUUCAUAUCCGACGUCGACAAAUUUAAAUAUUUAAGAAGCUAUUUGGACGGCGAGGCGUUAAGGGCAAUCGACGGUAUUCCGAUCACAAAUGCUCAAUAUGCGGUGGCGACAGAAAUGUUGAGGGAACGGUAUGUCAAUCAACAAGUUGCUAUAGCCGCCCAUUUCGAAAAAAUUCUGAAACUCUCCGUAGUUUCAAAGAAAACGUCCGACUUACGAUUAUUUUUUGAUGAAAUGGAAAAGCACAUUCGGUGUCUACGAGCCCUCGGGCUAAAUGAAGAAGAAUUUGCGAAAACAUUCGUGCCGAUGAUUCUUAUGAAACUUCCAUCAGCCAUCAAAUUGGAAUUGAAUCGAAAAAAGGGAGAUUUACCGUGGGACUUACAAAAUUUGCGGAAAUUACUGAAAGAGGAAGUCGUCGCGCGUGAAUCAUCAAAUGACGAAGGUGGGGUGGAAGAGAAAAAAGAAGAAAAAUUGAAAAAUUCGGUAUCGAACGGCAAACAAAAACAAACACUAAAAACCAUAUCAACAUUGGUAACGAAUUCAAAAACUUUUAUGAAAAAAUGUAGUUACUGUCGUCAUCACAGGAGUUUAUGUCCUAAAAAAUUUGGGGAUAGUCUACAACAGAAAAAAGAAAGCGAAUCAUCAAUGAAAACAAAUAUAAAUGGGCCGGAGGCAAGAGCACAAAAGUUAGCUGUCAAUGCAACAAAAACUGGCAGUUCAGCAAUAUUGCUCGUCCCGACCCAGAAAGAUACGACACUUGAGAAGUCGGGACAUUUGGUACAACUGCGACCAAUGCUGUCAGAAUUCCGGUUAUCAACAUCAAAAUUGACAUUGGCUGAGCCGUUAAACACAAAUAUUGAAAAUGUUCGUUUGGAUAUGUUAGUUGGUUCGGAUUAUUACCAUGACAUCGUCAAAGAGAAAAAAAUCGAAUUGGAAAAAGGACUUUUUUUGAUGGACACGGUUUUCGGAUGGAUUUUGUCGGGCCGGGUCGGAGAAAAAAGUCAACGGAGCGGGUCGGUUAUUCCUACAUUAAUAACACCUGCAAACAUUAUUUCGUCUGUCGACGCGAAAUUAGAAAAUUUUUGGAAAUUGGAAGCGAUCGGUGUCAGUGAAUCUGGUCAAAUAUUGGACGACGAUGUCGCAGUAAAACAAUUCAACGAAUCCAUCGAAUUUAAAGAUGGUCGAUAUUACGUAUCGUGGCCAUGGAAAGAUAAAAACCCCGAUCUACCACAAAAUUUCAAGUUAGCACACAGUCGUCUCAAAUCUUUAAAGAAUCGUUUGACUCAGAACCCGGAAUUAAGAAAAAAAUAUGAUGAAAUUAUUUCAAAACAAUUGAACGACGGCGUGAUAGAACGGGUGGAUUCGAGCAAAAAGGAAAGUAUGGUCAAACAUUAUUUGCCACAUCACGGAGUUUUUAAAAACGACUCGACAUCAACAAAAUUACGUAUUGUGUACGACGCGUCAGCAAAAGCACGCCGGAAUGCCAACAGCCUUAACGACUGCUUGCAUCGAGGGCCGGUUUUAA